AACUUCUUAUCUGAAAUAGAUGUAAGAUCCUACUCUUCUUCGCCUGGACCAUCUGCCGAAGCCGGCCAACUCCAACCUGUUCCAUCAGUUUCUUCUGGUAGUCGCCUAAUGCUUCGGCCGCAUGUUGAAACAAUCAGUUGGCUUGGCCUUCCUCCACCUAGAACGGCUGUUACCCCAAUGCACAUUCCAGGCCAUCAUACUUUUGAUUCAGCGAAACCUCUUGCAGGUGCUCCGAUCGGCUGUCUGGCGGGGCUGCAUCGGCUCUGUGAGUUAAUUGUGCGCGUAUACGUUGACAAUCCUCCAACUCCCCGGCCAAACACAAUAGAUCGCCUCUUGUCCUCUGAACUAAAUGAUGCUUUCAUGCGGAAUCUAUCCGAAGCUGGUGCUUCCUCGGCAUCUCAUCUUUCUGAUCUAGGGACAAUUGAUGCGACAGGAGUGGGCGCUAGCUGUGCUAUGAACGUCCUAAAUCCAGAAAUCACCGAAAUGAGCCAGCAGCAGCAACAACAUACUCUAAGAUCGAGACUUCAAGAGGCCAUGUGCCACCUAUGCACGGGGUGGUGGAACGCGUCGGCCGCAUUUAUUGCUUGUGUGAGUUCUCUUGCUGCCCGGAUAGCCAAUUAUCUCAGCCAGAAUAUGUCGUAUUUACCGGCAUUGCGAAUUGACACAAUUUAUUGUUCUGUGAAUAAUCUAGAGAACAAUGUUUCUCGAAGAGAAACUGGAUUGUGUAAAAUCCCUUUCUAG